CUGCUCACUUUUAUGACACUUUUAUUUCACCUUGAAAUUGAAGAAAACAAGGCAAUAAUAUCAUCAUCUGAGGAUUAAGAAAAAUCGUCUAAAAGUGCUAUUAUGCAUAAGCUUUUGAUGAUGCACAUAACGCACAACCCGGCAAAACCUAAACAUUCAAAGCAGAGGCGUUUGUAAAUGCAACGUUACCAAGUGGCUUUUUGAUCUGAGUACUUCUUGGAGUACUACGUGAUACCAACUAAGUUGAUGGAAAAGCACAGCAACAUGACUCUAAAAGGAAGGGACCCAGAGAAGGACAACCAACGACCCUUGAUUGCAGAAUCGGACAUCGAGAUACUUAAUGAGGCUCUGCAGGAUAUCGGCAAAAAAUGCCUUCUGGAGAAGGAGAUAUACACAAAACCUGCAGAUUUUGAGACAGCCAUAUCAGCUUCUGGUUACGGCAAGUUUAAUUGGAUUUUAUACAUAAUCUCAGUGACAGCAGGAUGGUCUUCCAUAUUCGAGACAACUACCAUGUCUUACGUCUUUCCAGCUGCAGAGUGCGACCUGGAUCUCAGUCUCACACAUAAAGGAUGGUUGAAUGCGAUCACAUAUGCAGGAAUGAUAUCAAGUGCUUUCAUUUGGGGCUAUCUCUGCGACACCUUAGGUCGAAAGAAACUUUUGGUGGUAGGAUACCUACUUGAUGGAUUGUUCGUCAUUAUAUCAGCAUUUUCGCAAAAUUUUUAUGUGCUCAUCACCACAAAAUUUUUAGGAGGGCUUAUUAUAAAUGGACCGUUUGCAGCACUGACAUCAUAUUUAUCCGAAUUUCACCGUGCAAAGCACAGGGCAAGGGUCCAAAUGGUCGUGGGCUUCAUUUUUAGCCUUGGAAAUCUUCUACUGCCGAUUCUUGCACUUUUUAUACUUCCUAUACAGAUGGACUUUCAACUAGGAGAAUGGGUGCUUCAUUCAUGGAAUGUUUACUUAUUGAUAUGCGCUAUUCCUCCUCUGAUAAGUGGGUUUGCCUUUACGUUCCUACCCGAAAGUCCCAAAUUUCUGAUGACAGUUGGCAGAAACGAAAAAGCGUUGAGGAUUUUCAAACGUGUGUACCGCAUAAAUUCCGGCAAACCAGAAGAAACAUACCCAAUCAAGGAGUUGAUACAGGAAAGAAAAAAUAACGAUGACAUAAGCUACGUGACUGCCGAUAGAUCCAAAAUACAGGCUUUAAAAGAAGGCUGGAAACAAAUACUACCUCUAUUUUUUCCUCCUCAUCUUUUUAAACUUAUUAUAGUUUGCUCAAUACAGUUUUCACAAAUGAUGGGACUCAAUACUCUAAGAUUGUGGUUGCCGCAAAUAUAUCAAGCCAUAAACGAUUAUCAGUAUUAUUCGACAAGUAACAACAGUACAAGUUUGUGUGAUAUGUUGAAAGUUUUCCAAACUCAUAAUGAAUUUAAUUCAACAAAACCGUGUGAAGUGAAUGUUCAGAAUACCCAAGUGUACACAAAUUCCAUGAUUGUUGCUGGAGUAAGUAUUGUAGGAUAUAUAGCUGCAGGAGGCCUUAUAAAUAUAGUGGGGAAGAAGAAACUACUUAAUAUUCUGGGACUGAUAUCAGGAACAGUGGCAAUAACAAUGUAUUAUUCUACAAAUGUUGUAACCACUAUAGCGAUGUCUUCUGUAUUUGUAGCGUUAGGCAGUAUUGGCAUGCAUGUCAUCCUUACUGUUGUGGUAGAUCUGUUUCCGACAACACUAAGAACGAUGACCGUGUCUUUUACCAUGAUGUUUGGUAGAAUAGGAGCGGGCUCUGGAAACUUAAUUUUCCCGUAUUUGCUGCAGUCCGGCUGUGCUCCGCCAUUUUUAACUAUAGGAACUGUGAUGAUGGGCUGUGCUGCCCUGGCGUGCUUUGUUCCGAACACGGAUAUGAAAGCGCUAGAAUAGGAAGUAUCAAGUGACGUGAUUAUCGCAAAUUUAUUACUUAGUGUACGGAAACCAAGCAUAUUUGUCUUUUACCAUUAUUUUUUGUAUACCUUCACAAAUACAUCAAAAUAUUUAUUAUCAGUUUUGCAUAUCCAUCUCUGGUAAUUAAUUGGAGGCCCUAGGCGAGCAGAUUAUCUCACGAGUGAGAUUGGC